AAUUACUAAAAAUGUCAUUAAAAAAAGGACACAUUUGUAAUUGAAUAGGUGAUGAUUUAAAUGUAUCAAUCAAAGACAGAAACUUUUAUCUCAUGAUUUCGGCUUUUUAGGUCUUUGGAUGAUUAACUAUCUCAACAUGUACUUAGUAACUAAAACGAUUGACUUACUAUCUAGUAGUUUGAAUUGACAACAAGAAUACAAAGCAUUUAUAACUUUAGAGAAAGUAUGACGCUCUGACUUCCUUGAGAGCACACAGGGCAUCAUGAAUGAUAAGUAGUCCCGGUCAGAUUGACGGACGUUAGACGUUGCGAGGGCUGAUAACUUGAAAACAUUAUUUCAAUAAUCAAUUACUAUAAUGAACACCACAUAUGACUCCUUUACACCUCAAUAAAACAUAAGGGUGUGAAGAACAGGACUAGAAUCCCACGGAUCUAUUUAACCUGGAUGCUCCUGUUGCGCAAAGAUACUGCGGCAUUUCCUUUAUACUAUGUGAGUCCAAGUGCAUGCUGGUAUCACUCCGCGGGCAUAGGAAAUGCUCGUAGACCAAUCACAUCUGUGUUUACACCAUCACCUGUCAAACACACACCCUCUGCUAUAUUUCUCUCUGAAAGGAGCUGAAACACACACUCACACUGAAGCGCCUACGGUAGCCGCUAACUGGACGGACUCUCUGGCAAUUGACCCUUUUGCAGUGGAAUAGCGGAAUAAAUCUUAGACCAUGAGCUCAGUGGCAGUGUUGACCCCGGAGAGCUUUGCAGAGCAUCGCAGUGGCCUGAAGGACCAGGAGAACACAGGCUGCGUCCCGGAGGAUGAGGCCUACAUCCCCACCUACCUGGAGGCCUUCCCUCCUCUGCCAGAGAAGGAGGCGCCGGGGGAAAAGGCGGGGGAGCCAGCUUCAGCGUGGGGGGGCAAGAUCAGGCCCAUCAAAGCCUCUGUCAUCACCCAGGUGUUCCAUGUUCCCCUGGAGGAGCGUCGCUACAAGGACAACAACCAGUUUGGGGAGGGCGAGGAGGCCAAAGUGUGCCUGGACAUCAUGCAGCGCACGGGGGCCCACAUUGAGCUGUCUCUGGCCAAAGACCAGGGCCUGUCCAUCAUGGUCACCGGAAAACUGGACUCCGUCAUGAAGGCUCGCAAGGAGAUCGUAGCUCGCCUGCAGACACAGGCCUCAGCUACGGUCGCCAUCCCUAAGGAGCACCACCGUUUUGUCAUCGGUAAGAACGGCGAGAAGCUGCAGGAGCUGGAGUUGAAGACCGCCACCAAGAUCGCUAUUCCACGCCCUGACGACCCCAGCACCAACAUCCGCAUCACCGGCACCAAGGAGGGCAUCGAGAAGGCCCGCCACGAAAUACUUCUGAUCUCUGCUGAACAGGACAAGCGUGCGGUGGAGCGUCUCUCCCUGGAGAAGGCCUUCCACCCCUUCAUCGCCGGAGCCCACAACCGUCUGGUGCAGGAGCUGAGCCAGGAGACGGGCGCUCGCAUCAGCAUCCCCCCCCCCAGCCUGCCCAAGGACGAGAUCGUCAUCACCGGGGAGAAGGAGGCCGUCGCCAUGGCGCUCAGCCGCAUUCGAGCCAUCUACGACGACAAGAAGAGAAAGACCACCACAAUCUCCGUGGAGGUGAAGAAGUCUCAGCACAAGUACAUCAUUGGGCCAAAGGGCAACACCCUGCAGGAGAUCCUGGAGACCACGGGGGUCUCUGUGGAGAUGCCUCCUCUGGACUCCGGAUCAGAGACCAUCAUCCUCAGGGGGGAGCCGGACAAGCUGGGGCCGGCGCUCACACAGGUGUACGCUAAGGCGAAGAGUGUGAUGGUGGUGGAGGUGACCGCCCCGGCCUGGCUGCAUCGCUACAUCAUCGGCAAGAAAGGACAGAACAUCGGGCGCAUCACACAGCAGCUGCCACGGGUUCACAUAGAGUUCACAGACGGAGAGGAGCGCAUCAGUCUGGAGGGUCCGACAGAGGAGGUGGAACAGGCUCAGGCCCAGAUACAGGAGAUCAUCAAGGACCUGCUGGUGAGGAUGGACUACACCGAGGUCAUCAUAGAGCAGCGCUUCCACAGACACCUCAUCGGAAAGAACGGAGCCAACAUCAAUCGGAUCAAGGAGCAGUACAAGGUGUCGGUGCGGAUCCCCCAGGACUCUGAACGCAGCGGGUUGGUCCGGAUCGAGGGCGACCCGAAAGGAGUCCAGAUGGCCCACAGAGAGCUCAUUGAGAUGGUGCAGAGAAUGGAAAACGAGCGCACCAAAGACCUGAUCGUGGAGCAGAAGUUCCAUCGGACAAUCAUCGGCCAGAAGGGAGAGAAGAUCAAAGAAGUUCGAGACAAGUUCCCCGAGGUCAUUAUCAAUUUCCCCGACCCGGCGCAGAAGAGUGACAUCGUCCAGCUGAGAGGGCCGAAGAACGAGGUGGAGAAAUGUGCAAAGUUCCUGCAGAAAAUCAUCGCCGACCUGAUUGAGAAUAGCUUCUCGCUCUCAGUUCCCAUCUUCAAGCAGUUCCACAAAAACAUAAUUGGCAAAGGCGGCGCUAAUAUUAAAAAGAUCCGGGAAGAGACCACCACUAAGGUCGACCUGCCGACAGAGAACAGUAACUCGGAGAUGAUCGUCAUCACAGGCAGGAAGAGCAACUGUGAGGCGGCCAGAGAGCGGAUCCUCUCCAUCCAGAGAGAACUGGCCAACAUGAAGGAGGCGGAGGUCGCCAUCCCUUCCAAGCUGCACAACUCUCUGAUUGGCUCUAAAGGCUGCCUGGUGCGCUCCAUCAUGGAGGACUGCGGCGGCGUCCACAUCCACUUCCCCUCCGAGGGGUCCGGCUCGGAUAAGGUCACCAUCAGAGGGCCCGUCGAGGAGGUGGAGAAGGCUAAGAAACUGCUGCUGCAGCUGGCUGAGGAGAAGCAAGUCAACAACUUCACAGCGGAGCUCCAGGCCAAACCAGAGUAUCAUAAGUUCCUGAUUGGCCGUGGCGGCGCUAAUAUUCGCAGAGUGAGGGACAAGACGGGGGCCCGCAUCAUCUUCCCGUCACCGGACGACACGGAGCAGGAACUGAUCACCAUCGUAGGGAAGGAGGAGGCCGUACGUCUGGCCCAGAAGGAGCUGGAAAGCCUGGUCAAAAACCUGGACGACGUGGUGGAGGACAGCAUGGUCGUAGACGCUCGCCACCACCGUCACUUCGUGUGCCGGAGAGGCCAGGUGCUGCGGGAGCUGGCGGAGGAGUACGGCGGCGUGGCCGUCAGCUUCCCUCGCACGGGGGCCAACAGUCAGAGGGUCACUCUGAAGGGGGCCAAGGACUGCGUGGACGCCGCCAAGAAACGCAUCCAGGAGAUCAUCGAGGACCUGGAGUCCCAGGUGUGUGUGGAGGUGGCGAUCCCCCAGCGCUUCCACCGAGCCAUCAUGGGGCCCAAAGGCUGCCGCAUCCAGCACAUCACCAGGGAGAAUGAAGUCCAAAUUAAGUUCCCGGAGAGGGACGACAGCGCUGCAGGUCAGGAUGCUCCACCACAGGAAAACGGUGAGGUCAGUCUAGAGGCGGAGUUCGUCCCCCGCAAGUGUGACAUCAUCACCAUCGCUGGGCAUGAGGAGAAGUGUGAAAUGGCUAAAGCCGCCCUGCUGGCGCUGGUGCCCAUAACGGAGGAUGUGGAAGUGUCUUACGAGCUGCAUCGCUACAUCAUUGGCCAGAAGGGCAGCGGGAUCAGGAAGAUGAUGGAGGAAUACGAGGUGAACCUCUGGGUGCCGCAGCCGGAGAAGCAGCUGGAUGUGAUCAAGGUGACGGGGCUGGUAGCCAACGUGGAGCGGGCCAAACAGGGUCUGAUGGAGCGGGUCAAAGACCUGCAGGCGGAGCAGGAGGACAGGGCCCUGCGCAGUUUCAAGGUGACCGUGUCCGUAGAUCCAAAGUUUCAUCCAAAGAUCAUUGGUCGCAAAGGAGCGGUGAUUUCUCAGAUCAGGAAAGACCACGACGUCAGCAUCCAGUUCCCCGACAAAGGAGACGAGCAGCAGGAUGUGAUUGUGAUCUCGGGGUACGAGCGUAACGUGGAGGAGGCGAGCCAAGCCAUCCAGCAGCUGGUGGCCGAGCUGCAGGAGAUGGUGAGCCAAGAUGUCCGCCUGGACCCGAGGACCCACGCUCGCAUCAUCGGAGCCCGGGGCAAAGCUAUCCGCAAGCUGAUGGAGGAGUUCAAGGUGGACAUCAGGUUCCCUCAGCCAGGCUCCGACGAGCCCGACAAAGUGACGGUGACCGGCCUCCCUGAGACUGUGGACAACGCUGUGGACCACCUGCUCAACCUGGAGGAGGAAUAUAUGCUCAACGUGACAGAGACGGAGACCUUGGCAGCCUACAUGAAGCCUCCGUCUCGCUAUGGAGGGCCCGGUGGAGCAGGAGGGGGUGAUGACGGCAGCGGGGGUCCGGCUAAGGGCUUUGUUGUGCGGGACGCCCCUUGGAACGCAUCAGGGAACAAGGCUCCUGACAUGAGCAGUGCAGAGGAUUUCCCCACGUUUGGGACAGGUGUGGCCCCGAAGCAAACAUCCGCCUGGGGCCCCAAGAAAUUCUGAAGCCGCUCAUCCUGCUGGAAAACAAAAACAAACGUGUAAAGUAGAUGAGAGACGAAUCUCGAAUCAAAUUGCUGCUCGCCUUCCUUCCCUCCUCCUCUUUUUUAGUGACCUCCUUUUGUCUCUCUUUCUCUGUAAAGCCCUUGUACCUUCCUCCCACGACCAGCCGCAAUGAAUUCUGGGAGAACUAUCCCUUCUUUCUUUUCCAUCUGUCUCUUCCCCCUGAGAGGGAAAAAAAGAACAUUGAGUGCUUUGCUGUCCUGCUCUGCCUCUCGGUUGCACCACCCCUGACGUUCUAGCUGAAAUAUCUCAAAGCAACCUCCUCCUCAAAAUCAAACUCUCUGAAGUACAUUGUAAAUGUUGAAACUCUUCAAAACUUGCUGAAUCAGAGGAGUGGGAUCAGAGGAAAUGGGGCUUUCAGGGGGGUGGUGAUUGUGUAUCCAAGGAACAAAAGCAACAUCUUGGAUUUUUAAGCUAAAACAAAGAUGGGGGUCUGUUUUAAUGAGCAGGAAACGUGUGUAAAUGAUGACGGUUCUUUUCCUGUGGUUUAUACAAGGAGGUUUAUAUGUGGCUUAUCGCUAAAGUCACUGGUGUGGUGCAGCAGGUGAGGCAAUGGGGUGUGUGUGUGUGUGUGUGUGUGUGUGUGUGUGUGUGUGUGUGUGUGUUGGGAGAAAAAACAGCUGCUGUAGUCAGAUAACUGAAGCUUUUUCUUUUUAAGUGAUGAUGAAUCAAAAGAUGUGGAAAUCCUUCGCAGACCGUUUGUACUGAAGAUCAUUUUGUCACUGUUUUAUUUAUUCAAAAAUGAGCCAUUUUAUUUGAACUACUGUGAUCAUUCGUUUUUAUAAAAGCCCUCACUGUAGCUUGAUGCUUAUGUUCGGGAGUGAAUGUCGUACGUCAGGGUUCGGGGAAACAUGUUAACGGUUGUUAUGUGGAAGUGUACAAAGAACUUUUCGCUAUUUUUUUAAACUGUCUGGGACUUUUGUUGCCGUUGGUUUCUGGCAUAUUUGGAAGUUUGUAUGUAUGUGUGCGCGCGUGGAAGUUAAGAUGUAUAUUUGAAUGAAGCUGAACCAAACUUUUACAUCGUCUUUGUCCGUUUGUCUCUCUUCUCAGAGCUUUUACCCUUCGCCAUUAACACUUUAAAUCUUUCAACACGCACACGAUGCUGCUUAAAUCUCCCACAAAACAAACUUCGUAUCAACAGCUUCACUUCAGUUUCUCUCAAACAAUACUAUUUUGUAGCAAAAACCUUUUGUUCCUUUUUCCGGUUCUGAGAUCUUAAGCAAAUUAGGCUAGAUUUGCAUCAGAGCUUAUUGUGCCUGGAAUCUGAAAGGAAUAGUUUAAGAGUUUUUGAACUACACUCACCUGCUUUCUUGACGGGAAUUAGUCUGCACGAUAAAUGGAUGGAGCCAGUAGUAGAUUAGCUUAGCAUCGCAUAAAGACUUGAAUCUGAGGGAAAAGUGAAGCAAAUAAAAACAAGUUAACAAAAUUACAAACAGAAAUGCAAAAAAGGUUACGUUAUGUUACGUUAAUGUGCUUUAACUAUUUAUCUACUUCCCAUAGAAGUACUGGGCGGAUGGAUAAAGCGUUGUUUGUCAAGAAGUAGUUCCAGCUAUAGUUAACACCCUCUAAAACCAAAAUACAUUUCUGUUUGUGACCGAUUUAAACAACAUGAAUGAUCUUGAAGAAAGAAACGGAUGCAAAAUGUGGAACUAUUUGGAGGAAGUGGUCAGGAUCAGAUCGGCAGCUCUAAGUUAGACAUUAGAACAAAAAAGGGAAACUCAGGGUCCAAUUAAAGUCAAAGCCUGAGCAGAAAUGAGUCUUUAAAGCUGGCGACAGAUGGAUAAAAACAAAACUGACUAUGCAACCAAACGGGAUCACACACAGGAUGGUCAGAGGUACGUUAUUGUACUUCUACAAUUUGAGCAUCCUUUUUAGUUGAUCAUUUUCAAUAACUCUGUGCAUGUCUGUUCUUUAAAUGCAAGACGAAGCAGCCACUAUUUCUGUAUAAAGCGUUGAAAGAACCCACUACCGGCCUUAAUGAGAAAUUAGUCAACAGCAUUUUGGAAAAGGUGUGAUUGAGUAAGUAUGCAUUAGCAACACUGCUAUAACUGUCAGUAACCAUACUUUUUUUUUUCCUACUCUAAAUCUAAUUAAAUAAAUACAAAAAAGAACCAAAAGCACUAGUUGGUUGUCUUUUCUUCAUCUUUUUUUGUUUUACAAAAACAAGAAACAUCUUUACCCAUACUUCUGUGCAUACCGUCUGUCAGUUUAUUUCAUUUUUUAUAAAUCAGGAAGAUAUGAUUUGUUAUGUAACAGCCUGUACAACGCAACAUACAGAAAAACAAAUAAAGAAAACAAUACAAAUUAAAAAUUGUACAAAGCAGCACUGGGCUGUAAAUAACCCAUAGAAUAAUAUCUUUCACAUUUUUCUUUUGAUUGGAAGUUUUUUCCUUCGGCCAAACCCCCGUUGAACUCCAUCAGUCAGAUCACAGCUGCUCUUAGAAGACUGAGCUUCUUCAAUUUAGAUUUUUUGAGUUUGACUCAUGGAAAACUGUGAAAAAUUUCGGGGGGGGGGGCGUGUUCAGUAAGCUUGUUUAUCAAAUUGGCAACAGGACUGUGAAUCAAAGAGUGCUUUGAAAAGCUGUUCACAUACAAUCACUCGUUAGAUGGAUUAAAUAAACCCUUGUAUAAAGAUUUGACAAAUCAAUGAUGUUAGUCGACAACAACAAAAAAGAACCGCAGAGCCCUAAUGAAUGACAUUCACAUGUAAACACUUCUGGAGGUCCUGCCAGGUAAACAGAGUCAGACAUGACUAAUGGAUCGAUCAGUGAGGAGGUGUAUGUAGAGUAAACCACAAGGGGGAAGCGAGGCAGUGGGAGUGAUGUAGAAAACAUCUUAAGCCUUUUGGCUUUAGUCCAUUUAUCUACCUUUUUAAUUUAAAAAAAGUACCACAUUACGGGAUAUUUUCUAACUUGCUAAGAGUUUGAGUAGAUUGAUAUCUCUGCAAGGGAGCUUUUCCCAAUAAUGUUGAACUUUUUCCCCUUUUUCUGUAUCAAACAGCCUAGAAUUAAAUAUUCAUAUUUAAAUAUCUCAUGAUGGACCGUCCCAGUUGUAACACACAAGCUGCAAGGCUGGAACAUCAUUGCCAUUCAUAGUUCUCAACACAACUUCCCAAAUUCCUUUUUUCCGUCAAUCCUUCCAGUUUUUCACCACAGUUGAAAGCCUGUGACCGGAUGAGUCAGGCGUGAUGCUAGGCCACGAAACAGAACCAGGACAGAUAAAGAAGCCAAAAUGCUUAUGUAGAGACACAAAGAAAAGACCAACAUACACUUGUAAACAUUUUUUUUUCUUCCUCUAGUUUUAAAAUCUCCCGCCCCCCCAAUAAAUGAAUCAAUCACAAGACACUCUUGGGAUCAUUCUCAGAUUCAAUUGUCUUUCUGUUUUUUUAUAUUUCGGCGAAAACACUUGUUUGUUUUUUUUACCCACGUUUCAGUCUUUUUAGGUGACAGUCCAUGAACGUGCAGCUUGGCAGGGGACAGCUCCUGACCAGAGCAGAGGUGUUGAAGUAAGUGCCAAAUGAAAAAAAAAGAUGUUUGUGUUGAAGAAAAUAUGUCGGGAAGAA